GCGCGACAAUGCCAAAGUCAGCUCCAAGGGGGCUCUCAGCGUGUUGACAUUGCUUCCCACCUGCCUGGAGUGCUCCUUAAUCCGUGGAACCCACCGUAAAUCCGGCCAUGCGAGAGCACUUGGCCCUGUGGCCAGGGAGAGCGCCCUUGGCCCGGAUGUCUGCAAAUCCACGGCCGGAGGUACCAUCUGGAGGAUGCCCACUCGGAAUGGUCGGCGAAAAGGAGCGUUCUCCUUUCUGGUCUCGAGUGAUGCCUUGGCAAAGCCUGACAGGUCUCCCCUUCUCGAAAACCAGCCAUCCGCUGCAUGGUACCCCCUCCCCGGGGGAAGGGUCGGCGAUAUGCCCCCACUCAAGGGAAUGUGGCAGCACCGGAUGGAAGCACCAAGACGAUGGGGCUCCUUGCGAUGGCCGGCCUCUACGCUGGAUGCCCCACAUUGGCUUCGGCAUCGAGGGGCCGCGCACUCGUGCGGUGCGUCCAUGGGCGAACGUGGUCGACAUUGCUGAGGGUUAGCUUGUCUGGAGGCCAUGAGGCGACCGUGAUACCCCGAUGAUGCGCACAGGCCCACCGAGCACAAAAGAAUGCCCUUGGCUGUGUGGCCUUGUUGUUCCACGAAUGAAAGAAUCCCUCCUGGUGUUGGCCACCCUCUUCGGUCGACCCGCAAGUGCGAGCGUGCUGUUACUCGAUGAGACUCGCCGGUCCGCCCUUCGUGGCGAAGGGGAUCGCUCCCAAGGACCGAAGCCCAGCGGGCCGGGCAGGAUCCGUGCCCGGGGGUUCGUGCAGCGCGUACGCCCUGCACCGGCAGGCUAAACACAGG